GGGGGGGGUUAUAACACCCCCUUCACUUUUGUAAAAUCUUUGUAUUCUACUAUCAAUAAACACGUCAUGUCCACUCAACAAUUAUUGGAUUGCUCUAAGGCUAAUGACUACUUGAAGGAAUACAAGCAACGCGAUGGUCUCUCUGCCGAAGAAUUGAUGGACGAGAAGCUCACUGGAGGCAUCACCUACAAUGACCUUUUGAUUCUUCCUGGCCUCAUUGACUUCCCUGCUUCCAAGGUCUCUCUUGAAAGCAAGAUCACCAAGAACAUCACUCUCAAGACUCCUUUCAUGUCCUCCCCUAUGGACACUGUCACUGAGACUGAUAUGGCUAUCUCCUUGGCUCUCUUGGGUGGCAUUGGUAUUAUUCAUCACAACUGCUCCGCUGAUGAACAAGCCGACAUGGUCCGCAAGGUCAAGAAGUUUGAGAACGGUUUCAUUGCUGAUCCUAUGGUCUUGUCUCCUGAACACACUGUUGCUGACGUCAAGGAAAUCAAGGAGAAAUAUGGCUUCUGCGGUAUUCCCAUCACUGAUUCUGGCAAGAUGAAUGGAAAGCUCGUUGGUAUUGUCACUGCUCGUGAUAUUCAAUUCCAUGAUGACGAUGCUUCUCUUGUCAAGGACAUUAUGACCACCGAUGUUGUCUCUGCCAAGCAGGGUGUUACCCUCGAACAGGCCAAUGACAUUCUCCGCUCUUCCAAAAAGGGAAAGCUCCCUAUCGUUGAUGAGAGCGGUAACUUGGUCUCUCUGUUGUCUCGCUCCGAUUUGCUUAAGAACCAGACUUAUCCUUUGGCUUCCAAGUCUCCUCACUCCAAGCAAUUGCUUUGCGGUGCUGCCGUUGGUACUCGUCCCGAUGAUCGUGAGCGUCUUCACAAGUUGGUUGAAGCUGGUUUGGAUGUCGUUGUUUUGGACUCUUCCCAAGGCAACUCUAUUUAUCAAAUCGAAAUGAUCAAGUGGGUCAAGGAAACCUUCAAGGACCUUGAAGUCAUUGCUGGAAAUGUUGUUACCCGUGAACAAUGUGCCAAUCUUAUUGCUGCUGGCGCUGAUGGUGUCCGUAUUGGUAUGGGCUCUGGUUCCAUUUGCAUUACCCAAGAAGUCAUGGCUGUUGGUCGCCCUCAAGCUACUGCUGUCUACCGUGUCUCCCAAUUCGCUAACCGCUUUGGUGUUCCCACCAUUGCUGAUGGUGGUAUUGGAAACAUUGGUCAUAUCACCAAGGCUGUUGCUCUCGGUGCUUCUGCUGUCAUGAUGGGUGGUCUUUUGGCUGGCACCACCGAAUCUCCAGGUGAAUACUUUUACCAUGAGGGCAAGCGCCUCAAGAAGUACAGAGGUAUGGGUUCCAUUGACGCUAUGGAGAAGGUCUCCUCCAAGGAUGGUAACGCUGCUACCAAGCGUUAUUUCUCUGAAGGUGACAGUGUCAAGGUUGCUCAAGGUGUUGUUGGUACUGUCAUGGACAAGGGUUCCGUUCGCAAGUUCAUUCCCUACCUCACUACCGGUCUUCAACACGGUCUUCAAGACAUUGGUGUCACUAGCAUCAAGGCUUUCCGUGAAGGUGUUGAUAAUGGCACUGUCCGUUUCGAGAAGCGUACUGCUUCUGCUCAGCUUGAAGGUGGUGUCCACGGCCUCCACAGUCACGAGAAGAAGUUGUUUGCUUAAAGGAUUCAUGACUAUUUCUUCUUAAAAAAAAUUCCUUUUUGCAUUUUCCUCACAUCUCUCACCUGCUUCUAAUCAUUUCAAGUGUAUCUAAAAUAUCCACAUCGUGAGCCUAAAAAAUUUGCGUUUUGUUGACAUUGCAAGUAAAUAUCAUUUUCUAUUAAAAAAAGUUUUUAAAAAAAAAAUCGUAAGGAUUGUUCCAAGUUGCAUUGUUAUGUGGAAUUAAAGACACUGAGAACUUG